UUGUGUUGACUGCAUGAAUUGAAAAAUAAUGAACCGGUACAGGAAAAUAUUUGAAACAACUCGCAAAAACUUUAUAAAAUAUCUAUCAAGUUCACCAUCUCAAAAGAAGCGAAUUGUUAUCCUAGGUAGUGGAUGGGGAAGUUAUAGUGUGCUAAAGAAUAUUGAUAGACGUUUAUUUGACGUGAAGGUUAUUAUUCCUCGAAAUCAUUUUUUAUUUACUCCGUUACUUUGUAGCACUGCUGUGGGAACGCUCGAAUUUCGAUCAAUUACUGAACCCAUAAGAAAUAUUGGAUUCAAAGAUCCAAAUGAUUUUAUGUUGGCACAUGCAGAAGAGCUUGAUACAUCCACUCAGACAGUAUUCUGUAGAAGUGUGUUAGAUCAAAAUUCACAAUUUAGUGUUCCAUAUGAUAAAUUAAUAAUUGGUGUUGGCUGUGUCAGUAAUACAUUUGGAGUUCCUGGAGUUGAAAAAUAUGCAUCAUUUUUAAAAGAAGUUGCAGAUGCUCAGCAUAUUCGUCGAAUAAUUCUCUCAAAUUGUGAAAAAGCCUUAUCUCCAACUCUAUCUAGCGAAGAAAACAGAAGGUUAUUGCAUACUGUAAUAGUUGGAGGUGGACCUACUGGAGUUGAAUUUGGAGCUGAACUGUAUGAUUUUAAAGUAAAAGAUGUGAGAAGACUUUAUCAAAGUAGUGAAGAAUUGUUCAAAGUAACUUUAAUAGAAGCUGCUAGCAUUCUAGGAAGUUUUGAUGAGAAAUUAAGAUCAUAUGCUGAAAAGAAAUUAAGUGAAAGACCUAAUUUCACUCUUUUGAAAACUUCUGUUGUAGAGGUAAAGGAAGAUUGUAUUAUCUUAAAAGAUGGCUCUUGCAUUCCUUGUGGUUUAGUUGUUUGGAGUACAGGGUUAAGCCCUCGACCAUUUACAAAAAAUAUUAAAUUGCAUAAAAAUCCUAAAGGACAAAUUCUUGUUGAUGAUUAUUUAAGAGUUUUGGGUGAUCUUAAAAGAAAUGUUUAUGCAUUAGGAGAUUGUGCUGCUCUGGAAUCUACUCCUUUACCUUGCACUGCACAGGUUGCUGAGCGUCAAGGACGAUAUUUAGCAAAAUCAUUAAAUAGUCUAGAAAAAGGAGAGAAUAUAAAACCAUUUAAUUUUCAAUCUUCUGGAAUGUUAGCAUAUAUUGGUGAUUAUAAAGCUUUGACUGAUUUGCCAGAAUUUAAAGUUCAAGGUUUUACAUCAUGGCUACUUUGGAGAUCAGCUUAUCUGACUCGACUUGGAUCUUGGAGACUCAGAAUGCAAGUUCCUAUAGACUGGUUGAAAACAUUACUUUUUGGUAGAGAUACAUCAAAUUUCUAUUAAUAUAUUUAUGUUGUAAUAUUGUAUUGGAAGUUUCUAAGUGAAAAUACUGACUGUAAUAAAUUUUAUGUGCAAAA